AUGUCUAAGAAAAAGACAACACAAGAUUCGUAUGAAGAAAAUUAUGUGCCGGACAUUACAGUGCCAUCAAUGGAUUCCACAGUGCUUAAUAUGACCGAGACUCGUCUUAGUGUAAAAUGGGAUUUAUUGAUUAGGAUUCCUCCAGAUCUUCCUGGUUUCUAUAUGUGUCUCGAUGGAGAUUUUCAGGUUUUCAUAAUUUACAAAGGUGUAACCAUUGCUACUUCAUCCAUAGAGAGUUAUAGUCUCAGACCGUGGUGGGCUAAUCUACUUAAGGUUUCAUCGAUUGCUUCGGAAGUAGAUAUGGACGGUGUGAUUGUGAAAGAUAUCAUGGAGAGUAUUAAGGAAAGAAGUGAAAUGCCGUUCGGGUCGAGAUUGCAUUUUCGGGAUUGCAGAUAUGAGACGACUGGAAAGAUGAACUAUGCGUGUGAUGAUGCCAUGUUGCGGUUCGAGCCCGGCUCUCAUACGACGGCAAGUUUAUUUGGCAACCAUUCUACAAAUGUUGGAUAUUCCUUGCCUUUUGAUAUUGAUUUAAACAUUACUUGA